AUGUCGGUUUUUGACGCUACCAGUACCUUGGACGGAUAUCAACGAGGUAAGACUGAAAGUGAUGACCGACUUCUCGAGUCGUUGAUUCCCGAUCUGGAAAGUAGCAUUCCACGUCUUGUUGUAGCAGUGCAUGCUAGACCUAAAACCAAGAAAAGCAAGGGUCUAGUGGUGUGUGUCAAGACUUUGACGGGCAAGUCUGUCACGAUUGUUUGCGCGUCGAAUGAUACGGUGGACUGCGUCAAGUCCCAGAUUCGUGUGACAGCGCACGUUCCAGUCGAUGACCAGCGUAUCAUGUACGGAAGCAAACAACUUGAGGACCAUCGCAAGCUUUCGUAUUACAAGAUUAAAAACAAUAGCUCCUUAUACUUGAUCGCUAGACUUCGAGGUGGCUUUAGCAAGGCACCAUCAGCGUCUCGAUCCUUUGUCGAUGUGUCCAACGGGUCCAAAGUGGUUAAGCGCGAGCUUUCCCACACUGCUCCAGACUGGCGUGAAUGCACCAAGGGUCUGAAUGUGGAAGGCUUUUGUGAAAAUGUCGGGUGUCGAGCAUACGGAGAGCGUAUUGUCCAUCGGAUGGGGUUUGACUAUUUCAACCUCAUGAAGGAAAACGAUGUCGAAUGCCCAGAAUGCAACACGGAGGUAAAGCCGAUCACGUGUGGGUUUUAUAGUUGCGCGUGGAAGUUUGAAGGGAUCAAGACAAGUGAUUCUUUCUCCAUUUCUUCGCGGUGGCAAGAGGCCAAAGAAGAAAACAUAUAUCAUCGGUUUGACGAACGAUGCAACACGGUGACAAAGACAGCAAAGAAGGUGUGUGCACUGUUUGCUGGUGCCAAUUUGGUUCACCGUUUAAGCGAUCGAUUUUCAAAUGUGGCUGUGGGCACAGCUUACAUUGUAUUUAUAUGA